AUGCAGUCUGAACCCCACCAGGAAGAGGAGCAGGAGACCCCUUCUCUCCUGUGGGGUUUGGAUCCUGUGUUUCUAGCCUUUGCAAAACUUUACGUCAGAGAUAUCCUGGACCUGAAGGAGUCAAAGCAGGUGCCAGGUAUAUUUUUUUACAAUGGGCAUCCAAUAAAACAGGUCGAUGUCUUGGGCACUGUAAUCGCGGUGAGAGAACGAGAUGCUUUCUACAGUUAUGGAGUAGAUGAUAGCACUGGAGUUAUAAACUGUAUCUGCUGGAAAAAGCUGGACAAGACAGAGUCUUCAUCAGCUGCUGCUGCUGCUCCAAGCUCAGCAAGAGAUGUGGGCUUAACUUCACAGCUUAAGAAGUUGCAAGAAGCCAUUAAGCAGAGAACAAAAAUAGAAAUUGGUGACAUUGUCCGAAUCAGAGGCUAUGUCCGCAUGUACAGAGAAGAGCGAGAAAUUCAUGCAACCACAUAUUACAAAGUGGAUGAUCCUGUGUGGAGCAUUCAGAUUUCAAGGAUGCUUGAGCUGCCUGCUAUCUACAGAAAAGUUUAUGACCAGCCUUUCCGUAGCCUGGCCCUAGAGAAAGAAGCAGCAGUAAGCAACCCAGGCACCCUGGACCUUGCCAGCCUCAUACAUUUGCUGAGUGAAAAAGCCAAAGAAUUCCUCAUGGAGAACAGAGUGAAAACCUUUUACCAGCGGGAGUUGGAAAUGGUGGAGUCUUUGAUAACCCUAGCCAACCAGCCUGUGAUUCACAGUGCCUCCUCUGACCUGGUGGGAUUUAAGAAUGAGACGACGUCCAAGGCAAUUCAUAGUAUAUUUAAAAAUGCUUUACAGCUGCUCCAGGAAAAAGGACUUGUUUUCCAGAAAGAAGAUGGUUUUGACAAUCUAUACUAUGUCACCAGAGAAGACAAAGAACUUCACAGAAAGAUCCGCUGUAUCAUUCAGGAAGACUGUCAGAAGCCAAAUCACGUUGAGAAGGGCUGCCACUUCCUGCACAUCUUGUCCUGUGCCCGCCUGAGCAUCAGCCCAAACCUGAGCGAAGCUGUGGUGCGGCAGGUGCUGGAAUUCCUGGAGGACCAGAGUGACAUCGUCAGCACCAUGGAGCACUAUUACAUGGCAUUCUGA